AUGGGUUUUGUUUUGAAAUUUGUUGUUUCAUUUCUCUGCCUCGCUUCAUCAGUUUUAUGCCAAGUUUCAGAGUUCAUCAGUAUAGACUGUGGAGGCACAGGUAAUUACACUGAUCAGACUACAGGCUUGGCAUGGAUUUCAGACACUGGAAUCAUAAGCCAAGGCAAAUCAGUGAAAGUCGAAAAUACGAAUGGUAACUCACCGCAGUAUCAGACGCGAAGAGACUUUCCGAUAGAUAGCAAGAAGUACUGUUACACUCUAAAAACUGAAGAACGAAGGCGAUAUAUUGUCCGAGCAACGUUUCUAUAUGGAAGUUCUGUAACAGGGGGCGUGUACCCAAAAUUUCAGCUUUACCUGGACGCGACGAAGUGGUCAACAGUAACAGUUACAGAAGAUUCGAGGGUGUAUGUUAAAGAAAUGAUCAUUAGAGCGCCCUCUCAAUCUAUCGAUGUGUGCUUGUGUUGUGCAACGACAGGUUCUCCGUUUAUAUCCACUCUUGAGGUGCGGCCUUUAAACCUGUCAAUGUACGCGACUGAUUAUGAAGAUGAUUUUUACUUAAAAGUAGCACAAAGAGUAAAUUUUGGGGCUCCAAGCACAGAUCCCAUAAGGUACCCCGAUGAUCCUUAUGAUCGUAUAUGGGAUUCUGAUCUCGAUCGAAGGCCUAAUUAUCUGGUCGGGGUGGCGCCUGGAACGGAGAGAAUCAACACAACAAAAAACAUAAAUGUAAACACGAGAGAAUAUCCGCCUGUUAAAGUGAUGCAAACUGCAGUUGUUGGCACUAAAGGAAGUCUCAGUUACAGGUUAAAUCUAGAGGAUUUUCCAGCUAAUGCUCGAGCUUAUGCAUACUUUGCCGAGAUUGAAGAUUUGGGAGCAAAUGAAACCCGAAAAUUUAAAAUGGAGCAACCUUACUCGCUUGAUUACAGCAAUGCUGUAGUUAAUAUAGCUGAAAAUGCAAAUGGAAGUUAUACAUUGUAUGAACCGAGCUAUAUGAAUGUAACAUUGGAAUUUGUGCUAUCAUUUGCCUUUGUGAAAACACGGGAUUCUACUAGAGGACCACUACUGAAUGCAAUUGAAAUUAGCCGAUAUGUGCAGACUGGUGCCAAGACAGAUGAACGAGAUGUGAAUAAUCUCAGUGCCCUACACUCUAUGUCUGUAAGUGAUUGGACAGAGGAAGGUGGCGAUCCUUGUAUACCGACAAAUUGGGAAUGGGUGACUUGUAGCACUACUACACCACCAAGAAUUACAAAAAUUGUCCUCUCAGGUAAGAACUUGAAUGGUGCAAUCCCAUCAGAGCUCAAGAACAUGGAAGAAUUGACAGAGUUGUGGUUGGAUGGAAACUCACUCGAUGGUCCAAUCCCCGACAUGAGUAAUCUUGUCAAUUUGAAAAUACUGCAUCUAGAAAACAACAAGCUGACUGGUCCAUUACCCUCGUAUCUUGCUAGCUUGCCAAACUUACAAGAACUGUAUAUACAGAAUAACUCUCUGUCUGGGGAUAUACCUCCAUCACUGUUGACAGGAAAGAUUAUUUUCAAGUAUGAAGGUAAUUCUCAUCUUAGGCAAGGGAACAACCAGAAGACGCGUAACAAAAUAGUACUGGGAACUUCGUUUGGAGUGUUAGCCAUACUUAUUGUUUUAUCUAUCGCAAGCAUACUACUAAUACAUAAUUAUAGGAAAAACACAAAUUCGAAGAGCGAUAGAAAAGGCACUUCUUUGCGAAGCAGCACCAAGCCUUUGACAGGAUACUCACUUGCACGAGGUGGAACUUUAAUGGAAGAAGGUGUAGCAUACUAUAUUCCCGUAGCAGAGAUCCAAGAAGCUACAAAUAAUUUUUCCAGAAAAAUCGGUAAAGGGAGUUUUGGACCGGUUUAUUAUGGAAGAAUGAAGGAUGGAAAGGAAGUAGCAGUAAAAAUCAUGGCCGAUUCAUCUAGUCAUGGGACCAAACAAUUUGUUACUGAGGUUGCUCUUCUAUCAAGAAUCCAUCACAGAAAUUUGGUUCCUCUAAUUGGAUACUGUGAGGAAGAGCAUCAGCGCAUGCUUGUCUAUGAAUAUAUGCAUAAUGGGACCUUACGAGAUCACAUACUAGAUUCUGGCAACCAGAAGAACUUAGACUGGUUAGCACGUCUUCAUAUUGCCGCAGAUGCAGCUAAAGGCUUGGAAUACUUGCACACCGGUUGCAACCCUAGCAUCAUUCACCGAGAUGUGAAAACAAGCAACAUCCUCCUAGAUAUCAAUAUGAGAGCAAAAGUAUCGGAUUUUGGACUGUCAAGGCAAGCUGAAGAAGACUUGACACAUAUAUCAAGUGCGGCGCGAGGAACAGUAGGCUACCUCGACCCAGAGUACUACGCGAAUCAACAAUUGACAGAAAAGAGUGAUGUUUAUAGUUUUGGAGUUGUUCUUUUGGAACUAAUCUCCGGAAGAAAGCCUGUCUCAAUGGAGGAAUAUGGCUCUGAUUGGAGCAUUGUUCACUGGGCAAGGUCAUUGAUUCGUAAAGGAGAUGUGAUUAGCAUUAUCGACCCUAGACUAGCCGGGAGGGUUAAAAUUGAAUCCAUAUGGAGAAUAGCAGAGGUCGCUAUACAAUGCGUUGAACAACACGGCUCCUCUAGGCCAAGGAUGCAGGAAAUUAUAUUGGCAAUACAGGAUGCAAUCAAGAUUGAGAAAGGGACCAAUAAAUUAAGUUCAUCGGGGAGUUCAAAAGCACAAUCUUCGAGGAAAACACUUUUAACGAGCUUCCUUGACAUCGAAAGCCCCGACCUUUCUAAUGGCUCCUUAGUUCCAUCUGCUAGGUAA